AUUACAUCACCUAACUCACAGUCUUGCUAGGCCUAGACCUCUGCUUAUUCCCACCGGCGAAGAAAUCCUGUAUAUGUAUUUCUUAGGUCUAGAACUUUGGAGCCCUGUGGUGAGUUAGAUCGUCCUGUCCCCAAAUUCUUUGCCCUUCAGCCCUUGCACGUGUGAUAUCACCAACCCUCUUCGAUCCUUUGGGAGAAUUUCUAUCGAAGAGAUAAGCUUUUUGGGACCCGAACGCCUGGAACCUAGAUUCAUAGGGCGGAUCUUAAACAAUUUAGACCUGUUAGUUGCCUACUCUGGUCGAGUAACUACUUAAUUACGACUUCGCAGAAGAUCUUAUUUCGUGCCAUCUACGAGGUACAUAUAUUUUACCUCGGGCGAAACUCUGUCAUGAUGUGGCAAGGUGAAAAGGGCAGGCAGAAUGAACCAAUUCCAAUCAGCAAGGAUGUCGAAAAAACUGUCGGACAAAGCGAUACUGUUGAAUCGAAAAGCCAUACCUCAUUGAACAAGUUUUGGGAUACUCUAGCGAGACUGAUAUCGGCCGGUCCCGUUGAAGAUCGAGGAGUCAUGCCAGUAUCGUUGGAAGACCGAACAGCUACCAAUUAUGGCAGUUACUUUUCGAUAUGGGCAUGCAUGAAUAUAAACCUCUUGCCUAUCACAUUUGGCAUGCUGGGUCCAACUUAUGGAUUAAGCUUAAGAGAUUGUUCUCUGGUUAUCCUUUUCUUCUGCCUCCUAACUGCUGCUAUACCGGCCUACCUUGGUACUCUUGGCCCCAAGACCGGCUUACGCCAAAUGAUCCAGGCUCGCUUCUCGUUUGGAAGAUAUUUAGUUUCGGUACCGGUCAUCUUAAACUUGGCUACGCUCACAGGCUUCUGCGUCGUCACUUGCGUCAUUGGGGGUCAAUGCUUAUCUGCUGUAGCUGGCGGUUCUCUGACUCCGGCAGUUGGCAUCGUUAUCAUGGGUGUUAUGGCUUUGCUCAUUUCUUUUUGCGGAUAUGACGUUUUGCAUCAAUACGAACGCUUUGCCUGGAUUCCAGCUUUGGUGGCUAUCGUCAUCACUACCGGUUGCGGAGGGACGGGCCUCCGCCAGCAAGCACCAGCGGAGCCUGCGACACCCGGUGGUGUCCUUAGCUUCGGGAUGAUCAUAGCAUCGUAUAUGAUACCGUAUGCUUGCCUUUCAUCUGAUUUUACGACAUAUCUAAACCCCAAGUUCUCUUCCGUGAGACUCUUCUUAUACGGUUACGCGGGCCUCAUAUUCCCGUCGGUAUUACUGAUGGUUCUAGGCGCCUCUAUCGGCGGCGCUAUAAAUAGCAUUCCCGAGUGGGAAGCCGGAUACGAGUCGACACAAGUUGGCGGCGUAUUAGCAGCGAUGCUGUCGCGAGCUGGCGGCUUCGGGAAAUUCGUUGUGGUCGUACUCUCUCUAACCUUACUUGGGAACAUCGCCGCGACGAUGUACUCGAUUACUCUCAACUUCCAAAUAUUAAUUCCGCAGCUUGUCGUGGUGCCGCGGUAUAUGUUCUCAAUCGUAGUCACGGCCAUCGUCAUACCGGUUAGCAUCAGAGCAGCGGUGGAAUUCGUCGUCAGCCUUGAGAACUUUGUCGCGCUCAUCGGGUAUUGGUCUGCCGCGUUCGUGGCAGUGGUGAUUGUAGAACAUAAUGUUUUUAGGGGUGGUAAAUACGACACGUAUGAUCACGAUAGUUGGAACGUGGCAGACCGCUUACCAUGGGGCAUCGCUGCUUUGGCGGCGAGCGCUCUAAGCUUUGCGUUGGUGAUCCCUAGCAUGUCGCAAGUGUGGUUUGAGGGUCCAAUUGCGAAAAAGUCAGGCGACAUUGGAUUCGAGAUGGCUUUUGCUGUAACAGCGAUUCUCUACCUCCCUCUCCGACAUCUAGAGAAAAAGCUAAGCGGACGAUAGAGAAGAACCGAGUCAGAUGCCCGGGUACCCGAUCCGUAUAGGUAGAAGAUGCAUGAGCAUAUAUGAAUCAACUGUUUUAUAGACGGGUCUGGACAUUACUAUUAAACGACGAGUAAACACAU